GAGUUUAGUCUGAUUUAAUAAACUCCAAGGAAACACAGUUGCAUAAUCUUGAGUGAUCAGUAAUAUUGAGAAGGAUAUACAUGGCUGACUGGUCCCAACUUCAAAAUGAACUGUUACGUACAAUCGCGGAAUUACUAUCUGCCAAUAGGGAUUAUCUAGCAUUUCGUGCCACUUGCAAGUCAUGGCGAUCAGCCGUAGAGGAAAUGCCUCUUCAUUACCCUUACCAGCUACCACUGUUAAUGCUUCCAUAUGACAAGAACGUCAAGGCCUACAGUGCCUUUAGUUUAUCUGAUAACAAGAUAUUUUACCUCAAGCUAUCAGAGGUUCAUGGGCGAAGGUAUUGUGGUUCUUCCAAUGGUUGGCUGGUUGCAGUAGAUGAGACCCCUGUCAUUCGUUUAUUUAAUCCAUUUACUAAGACCCAGAUCGAACUUCCUCCAAUAACAACGUUUUCCGAAGUACUAGGGUUUGACAAAUCCAGAGUGGGUGCAGAGUACAAUGUACGGUCUUUAUUCGAUGGUGUAGUAGAAACUCCAAACUCGGAAUGGAUAAGAACCCGCUUUAUAAAAAAGGCUGUGGUAUCCUCAGACCCUACAUCGAACCCCAACUAUGUUGUUAUGGCCAUCCAUGGUGAGCUUCAAAAAUUAGCAUUCUGUAGACAUGGAGACAAGGAGUGGACCGUAAUUGAAAAGAUAUGGUGUCCUUAUUGUGACAUUGUGUGUUAUAAAGAACAAUUCUAUGUGGUAGACUCUAAUGGAAGAGUUGCAAUUUGCAACAUUGAUGGGCCUCCCGAUGCAGUGGAGGUCAUGCCACAAAUGAAUAUCUAUGUGCCGCUACAAAGGGAUAUCUAUCAACAGACAAUGUAUUUAGUGGAAUCAAUGGGGGAGCUGUUACAGGUUGUUAGAUAUUGUCAAGACAUUCAUACCGGUGAGGAUGUUAGAUAUUGUGAAGACAUUCAUAAUUGGAUAUAUUAUACCGUUAGAUUUAAAGUUUUUAAGAUGGAUAUAAGUAGGGGGAAGAGGUUUGAGGUGAAAACUCUUGGUGAUUGUAUGUUGUUCUUAGGCUCAAAUUACUCAUUAUCUCUCUCGGCUCACGAUUUUCCCAGAUUCAAAAGAAAUUGUAUUUACUUUACUGAUGACGCAGUAUAUUCGUAUAAGGCUGGUGUACGAGGGGGUCAUGAUUUAGGCAUGUUCAACUUGGAGGAUAAUAGCAUCACAUCCUUGCCAUGCCAAUACCAUUCAAGCAAUGACUUGGGAAUGAUUUGGCCUCCACCCAUAUGGUUGCACACAUCUUAUCGUCGUAAUGAUGCGUUGGAAGAAUAAUUGCAUUUAAUGUUUUUUUUUUUUAAAAUUAUUUCUCAAAUACACAUUGGAUUAACAUUAUUUCUUUCCACUAUUCUUGUUAGUUUAUAUUAUUAGAUGUUUAGUAAUUUGAUGAGAGAGUGAAGAAGUAAACUUGGAAGUUUGACCAUAAUAUCUAUGUGCAUUUAGAAAUUUAGAUUUUCAUUUUCUUACUAAGUUCUAUGAAGUUAAACAUACAAUAGAAACAAGUUUUCAUAGUUAAGUUGCUUCAAUUCCAAUCUGAAGUUAGAUUGUUUUGCUUUA